GCUGCCAAGCAGCGAGCAGCGAGCAGCGGGGGCACCGGCCUGCGGGGCACCGGCCUGCGGGGCACCGGGGCUCCGGACACACACCCAAAGGGGACACGGGCCGCCCCGGAGCCACCCCGCCUGAGCCUCGCCGAGGGAGGCCGGGGACGACCCCGGGCAGCCCAGGGCACAGCUUCCCCGGGCAGUCAGGUGUCCUCACCCCUGAAGAUCACCGGAAGCCCCCCGCAGAGGGAGGGGUGCUGGAACUGCCCCUCGGCUCCCCCCACCAUGUUUAAAGGUCUACCAAGCUCUGGGCCCAGGAACCAACUCCUUUUGAACCUCCAGGACUUGCUGACCUAGCUGAACUGCUUUCCAACCAUGGUUUUCAGCCAGAUGGACUGAUCCCAUCGCCUGACAGAUAGCCAUACUUCAAGGAACCUGGUUCUCCAUCUACUUCCGACUCCCUCCUGCCAACGUCUCCGCCUUCCAGAUCUACCCACGGCUCCACUGGGACAGGUGGCGAUGCCCCCGCUCUGAGGCUGCCCGGCGGUCGGCUGGGCCUCUCCUCGCCGAGCCCGGGGCCAACGUCCGGUCUCCCCGUGGCGUCCCCCGUCCCGGCCCCGCCCCACCUGCCCCGGGGGGAAAGGCUCCUCCCACCCCACCGGGCCCGAUGAGGCCCGGACUCUAGCCACCAUGAACAUCUCCGCCUCCCCGCCUGUCGGCCCCAACGGCACCGCUCUCCCCGAGGACGGCAAAGGGCCCUGGCAGGUGGCUCUGAUCGCCCUGACCACCGGCCUGCUGUCCCUGGCCACCGUGACCGGCAACCUCCUGGUGCUGGUGUCCUUCAAGGUGAACGCGGAGCUGAAGACGGUCAACAACUACUUCCUGCUGAGCCUGGCCUGCGCCGACCUGAUCAUCGGCGCCGUGUCCAUGAACCUGUACACCACUUACGUGAUCAUGGGCCGUUGGGCCCUGGGCACGCUGGCCUGCGACCUCUGGCUGGCCCUGGACUACGUGGCCAGCAACGCCUCCGUCAUGAACCUGCUGCUCAUCAGCUUCGACCGCUACUUCUCCGUGACCCGGCCCCUGAGCUACCGGGCCAAGCGGACGCCGCGCCGGGCGGCCCUGAUGAUCGGCCUGGCCUGGCUGGUGUCCUUCGUCCUCUGGGCCCCGGCCAUCCUCUUCUGGCAGUACCUGGUCGGGGAGCGGACGGUGAAGCCGGGGGACUGCUACAUCCAGUUCCUGUCGGAGCCCGUCAUCACCUUCGGCACCGCCAUGGCGGCCUUCUACCUGCCCGUCACCGUCAUGUGUGCCCUCUAUUGGCGCAUCUACCGGGAGACGGAGAACCGGGCCCGGGAGCUGGCCGCCCUCCAGGGCUCGGAGACCGCGGGCAAGGGCGGGGGGAGCAGCAGCAGCUCCGAGCGGUCCCAGCCGGCGCCGGCGGCCCAGGCCGGCCCCGAGCCCCGGCCCGGGCCCCGCUGCCGUCGCUGCUGCUGCUGCUGCUGCGGGGGUGGCGGGGCUGGGGGCGCCGGGGGAGCUGGGGGGAGUGGUGGCGGCAGCUGCUGGGGCCCCGUGGCCCUGCCCUCCUACAGCUGGAAGGAGGAGGAGGAGGAGGAGGACGACGACGAGGACGACGGCUCCCCGGAGUCCCUGACCUCCUCCGAGGGCGAGGAGCCGGGCUUGCCGGUGGCCAUCAAGAUGCCCAUGGUGGGCUCGGCCCCCCAGCCCCCCGCCUCGUGUCCGCCUCCCCGGAGCCCCCCCCAGACCGCCAAGCGCCCCCCCAGGAAGGGGCGGGCCCCCAAGGCGCCCAAGAGGAAAGGGAAGGGGCAGCUGACCAAGCGGAAAACCUUCUCGCUCGUCAAAGAGAAGAAGGCAGCCAAGACCCUGAGCGCCAUCCUGCUGGCCUUCAUCCUCACCUGGACCCCCUACAACAUCAUGGUGCUCGUGUCCACCUUCUGCAAGAACUGCGUCCCCAACCGGCUCUGGGAGCUGGGCUACUGGCUCUGCUACGUCAACAGCACCGUCAACCCCAUGUGCUACGCGCUCUGCAACAAGGCCUUCCGCGACACCUUCCGCCUGCUGCUGCUCUGCCGCUGGGACAAGAGGCGCUGGAGGAAAAUCCCCAAGCGGCCCGGCUCCCUCCACCGCGCCCCGUCCCGGCAGUGCUGAGACGCCUUUGCGGCUCUCUCGGCCCGAGAGUCCGGGGAGACCGAGCUCGGCGAGAGUCCCCCAGCCCCUUCUCAGGUUCCCUUCCGCGAGGGGCUGGAGGCCGUCUGACUGCUGCCGGGACAGCCGCCUCCGGCCCAUUACGCUUAACCGCUCCUGGGAAGGGAGAAGACGAGGGAAACUGGUUUUUCUGCUCCCUGCUUGGAAGGAAUGGGCCAGGAACCAGGCAGAAGUCCCUGGAGAGGACCUGAGCUUUGGGACGGUUGUUUUUGGUUGGCGAAGACUGAGCGGUAAGGGCGGGAGGCGGGAUGGCCGGCAGACGCGAUUGAACGUUGAAGUCAUCCUUGGCCCAGAGUCGGGAUGGACAUUUCGAGGGUAGUGUGGGUAAGGGUGCCCUCGGGUGCCCAGGGAGAGAGCUCCGGGGGGUCAGGGAGAGAAAAUGAACCUGCUCACUCUGGGGAAGGAGGACGGCUGAACCUCUCAGAGAGAGGAGCCGGGGCCCCUGAAAUAAAACCCUGGCUUGAGGGACGAAAAACAGAUGAGGAGGAGGAGGGUGACGAUGAGGACGGGAAAGAGAAGGAACAGAGGAGACAGGGCAAGACUUCAAUCCGCCCAACCAAUCGAGAGGAUUUAUUAAGUGUUGUGAACAGAGCGCUGAACAAAACCCAUCCGUCAACCGAUGGGAUUUAUUGAGUGCUUAUUCUGUGCAGAGCGCUGUACUUAAGCACUUGGGAAGGUACAAUACGACAGAAU